AUGACAGUUGACGAAGAAGAAGUAUUCACCACAAACAAUGAAUUCAGAAGUGACACAUUUACCGUGCCUACCAGAUCCAUGAUUGAAGCUGGAUUUAUGAAUGCAACUUAUGGUGAUUCAGUAUACUGCGAAGACGAGGCUACUUUAAACUUGGAAGCUCGUAUGUGUGAACUCACUGGAAAGGAAGCAGCACUUUUCUGUGCAUCAGGUACUUUAUCAAACCAGAUUGGUCUUCGAGCAAACUUGUACCAGCCACCUUAUAGCAUAUUGUGUGACCAUCGCUCGCAUGUUUUCUUACACGAAGCAGGUGGGUUGGCAACAUUGAGUCAAGCCAUGGUUCAUCCUGUUAUUCCCGCCAACGGCAACUAUCUAACCUUUGAAGAUGUGGUACUGAAUGUGACGUUUGAUGAUGGGGAUAUCCAUGCUGCUCCAACAAAAGUAAUUUCGUUGGAAAAUACCUUGCAUGGGAUUAUAAUGCCAUUGGAUGAAAUUGCUAAAAUCAGCCGUUUUUGCAAGGAGAACGACAUAAAAUUACAUUUAGAUGGUGCUAGACUAUGGAAUGCCUCCGUCAAAACAGAUAUCAGCAUAAUGGAAUAUUGCUCCUAUUUCGAUUCAGUUUCCCUUUGCUUGUCAAAAUCCUUAGGUGCACCAAUGGGAUCAAUUCUCGUGGGAUCAUCAACACUAAUCAGAAAGGCAAACCACUUUAAAAAGCAAAAUGGUGGUGGAAUAAGGCAAGCAGGUAUAAUGACAGCCAUGGCCUUGUACGCAGUUGAGAAUCACAUGCCAUUACUAGAGAAAUCACACGCUUAUGCAAAACAAAUUGGUGAAUUUUGUCAAGCCAACGGAAUAUUCUUGGAAUCUCCCGUGGACACCAAUUUCGUAUUUAUCGAUUUAAAGAGGAAUCAUAUGGAUGACAAAUUGCUCAUUGAGUUGGGUAAAAAGUACAAUGUUAAACUAAUGGGAGGUCGAAUCGCAUGUCAUUUUCAAUUAAGUCAGCAAAGUGUUGACAAUCUCACGCAAUGCAUAUUGGAGUGCUAUCAAAUUAAUCAAAAGAACCCUUACAAGGCAGAUGGAAGGAAUAACAAAAAAAUGUACAACUUCGACGCUAUAAAGAGGUAG